AUGGCGAGGGCAGUGGCGGUGGCCGUGCUGUUGUUGCAAUGCUUCAACGUGAUCCUCGCGGCGAGGCCGCUGCUGGAUGCAGACGCAGGAGACGGCCGCCGUCCGUGGCUGGGACGAAUGGAGCUCGGCGGCGCCGGGACGCCGCUGAUCAUGCAGGUUCUUCAUCGAGGUCCUUGCCCCAACAAUAAUGGUUGGCAGGCUCCCAACGGCGCCGGUUGCCCGUAA